UCAAAAGAAAUUGUUAAUUUUGUUCAUCCUUCCUCCCCAGUCCCCGCCAACCUUUUGCUUGACAGCUUCAACCCUAGUUACCCCUCUUUCUCUCUCCUCUCUACUUUCUCCCCCUUUUUUUUUUUUUUUUUUCUAUUUUGUUCUUCAAUUUAAUUCCUAUUCAAUUUAAGUUCUUCUUCAUUUAACGUCAGUCAGAAAACAAUGGCUGGUGAUGGGUCUGAAGCAAAGGACUCAGCUUUGUUGUGUGCUCGUUGCUCCAAGCCUGCUAAUCUUCAGUGUCCAAAGUGUGUACAGUUGAAGCUCCCAAAGGAAGGUGCUGCAUUCUGUUCCCAGGAGUGUUUCAAGGAAUCUUGGAGUUCUCAUAAGUCGGUGCACUUGAAGGCAAAUGCAUCUUCCUUACAAACUGGUGCUGCAGGGGACAAAAAUAGUGAAGGUUGGCUUUAUUGCUUAAGAAAAGGACAGUCUCGGACUUCAAAACUUCCACAUUUCGAUUGGACAGGAUCGUUAAGACCAUACCCCAUAUCAAGUUAUAGUUCUGUACCAGCGCACAUCGAGCUACCUGACUGGGCAAUGGAUGGUAUCCCCAAGAUUGAGCCAGAGAGCAAUCUGCAGCACAUUGUUGAGAUUAAAACUCCAGAGCAGAUAAAGAAAAUGAGGGAGACUUGCAAGAUUGCCAGAGAGGUUUUGGAUGCCGCUGCACGUAUUAUUCGGCCAGGCAUUACAACAGAUGAAAUUGAUCGAGUAGUCCAUGAAGCUACAAUAGCUAAAGGAGGUUACCCUUCUCCAUUAAAUUAUCAUUUCUUUCCGAAAUCUUGCUGCACGUCUGUCAAUGAAGUCAUUUGCCAUGGGAUACCUGAUGCCAGAGUGUUAGAAGAUGGCGAUAUUGUAAAUGUUGAUGUCACUGUUUGCUACAAAGGAGUUCAUGGUGAUCUGAAUGAGACGUAUUUUGUUGGAAAUGUUGAUGAAGCCUCACAAAAGCUGGUCCAGUGUACAUAUGAGUGCCUGGAGAAAGCAAUAUCUAUAGUGAAACCUGGCAUGAGAUAUCGAGAAAUUGGAGAGGUCGUUAAUCGCCAUGCUACUAUGUCAGGGCUAUCUGUGGUUAAGUCGUACUGUGGUCAUGGAAUCGGAGAGCUUUUCCACUGUGCUCCAAACAUCCCUCAUUAUUCGAGAAAUAAAGCAGUUGGUGUGAUGAAGGCUGGACAAAUCUUCACAAUUGAACCGAUGAUCAAUGCAGGGGUGUGGCGAGACAGAAUGUGGCCUGAUGGUUGGACUGCUGUUACUGCAGAUGGGAAGCGCAGUGCUCAGUUUGAGCAUACUUUACUGGUGACUGAAACUGGAGUUGAAGUUCUGACGGGACGAUUGCCAACUUCUCCUGAUGUAUUCCCCUGGCUCAAAGCUUGAAACUUUACCCGUCAGUUUCUGAUCAAAACCAGAGCGAUUUUUUCGUGUCUUCGUAACAGUUUUGAAGUAGAAUUUGUAUUCUCAUUCGAUUUUUCUAUACAUUUGUUUUGUCAUAUUGACAAGUUUUAGACUUGGUUUAUGUUGAUGAGAGAUCUUUUGGCAUCCUAUAUGAAGUAAUAAAACAACCUUGAAUUUAUAA